UUUCUCCUCCUCCUUCCCCUUCCCCCUUCCUCUUCUCCGGAUUCCCUCUCCUCCCCACGGCGUCGCUACUCCCAAAUCCGCGAAAAAUCGACAGAGACCAGCCGCCCAAUCUGCCUGAUCCAUCGGAGGAGGACGACGAGGAGGAGGUUUGCGAGGCAGCGGCAGGGAGAGGAAGAUGUCUUCGCUGCGGAACGCGAUCCAGCGGCGCGCUCACAAGGAGCGCGCCCAGCCGGAGUCGAGGAAGAAGUUCGGGCUUCUGGAGAAGCACAAGGACUACAUCGUUCGGGCGAAGGCUUUCCACCAGAAGGAGGAAACCAUCAGGAAAUUGAAGGAGAAGGCAUCAUUUAGAAACCCUGAUGAGUUCUAUUUUAAGAUGAUCAACAGCAAGACUGUUGAUGGAAUUCAUAGGCCUAAGCCUGAAGCAAACAAGUAUACUGAAGAUGAACUCAUGCUGCUAAAAACUAAAGAUAUGGGAUACAUCCUUCAGGGUAUUCAGAGUGAAAAGAAGAAAAUUGAAAAAUUAAGCUCCAUGCUUCAUGAACUAGACAACAAGCGACCAAACAAGCAUGUUUACUUUGCUGAAGACAGAGAAGAGGUCAAAGAAAUACAAUCUAGAAUAGAACAAAAGAGCAGUUCACUUGGUUUGGACAACAUCCCUUCCCGUAUAAAGAGGAAAACUGCUUCGUCCUAUAGGGAGUUAGAGGAGAGGAAACAGAGGGUUCAAAAGCUUGAGAAACUGUAUGCAGACAUGGCCUUGCAGAAAGAGUUGAAGAAACCUGGACGGAAAAGAAAACUCCGUGAGGAUGAGAUUGAGAAUCAAACAUCCCGGCCUGUUUAUAAGUGGCGAGCACAACGGAAGCGGUAAGAUGAUGUGAAUGGCUUACAAUGGAAUCAUUGAGAAUAUAUGGAGUAACCAGUAGAUCCUAAAGCAAACGGAGACUAUUGUUUAUUUUCUUGAAUUCUAAUGCAUUUACAUGUAGCAGUGCCCCUCCACAACCGUCUCUCUUCAUAGCCUUCACUUGAUUGUAUUUGUGGAUCCAUGUUGGAUACCACUUUCUGCUACCUGCUACUGAUGUGAUGUACCUCUGCUUUUUACAAAAUGUUGGGUAACUACAUCAACAAUUGAGAACCUAAACGGUCCGAAUCUUCACGCAUCGUCCGUAAUCAACAUUCCAAGGUUAGCAAGCACAGUGCCACCAGAAUUAGGGCGUGUUCACUUUGCCGGAAAAAAAACAUACCAUUUGAUGGUAGAGCCAAAUAUUAGUAAUGCCAUUCUUUGGUAAAGUCAAAAUAUCAAUGUGUCAUUGGCUUUGAUACCUUACUAAAUUUUGGUGUAAUUUUUGUGAGUGGAAGGUUCCGGAAUUACCAAAUUACCUUACUAAA